AGAAACAUGGAGCCCAACACUGUCCAGCUGACGGGGAUGGAGUACGCCAUGAAGUCCCUCAGCCUUCUCUACCCCAGGUCCCUGUCCAGGUACGUGGCAGUCAGCACCUCGGUGGUGACUUAGAAGCUGCUGUCAGAGCCCAGCCCGGAGGCCCCCAGGGCCCGGCCCUGCAGAGUAAGCAGUGCUGACCGGAGUGUGCGGAAGGGCAUCAUGACACACAGCCUUGAGGACCUCCGCCUCAAGAGAAGCUCUCCGCUGGGCCCUCUUCAGCAUGCAGGCCACAGGCCACGUGCUGCUCGGCACCUCCUGUUACCUGCAGCAGCUCCUGGAUGCCACAGAGGGAGGGCAGCCCCCCAAGAGCAAAGCCCCAUCCCUCAUCCCAACCUGUCUGAAGAUACUGCAAUGAAAGCCCAGCCAAGGACUAGACCGGGGACCCCAUGCUCAGCUGGUAGCACCCACAAGCCUGGCAGCUAGAGAGCUUCUUACCUUCCCAACACCUCCCUCAGCCCCACAGGAACAUGAAUGAUGAAGCAGGGGGAAGGGCCGGAAACCUGGGCUGGGCUGGCCAAAGGGGAACUGAGGGCUCUUGGCCUGGCCCGGCUCCUUCCUGCCCCAGGUAGCUUAGCGGGCCAAGACUGGUCACCAGCAGGCUAUGGCAGGAAGGCUGCCCCUCAGCAACCUGUCUUCACGUGCUACACUUUCAUUACACUGCCUACCUCCUGGCCUCCCAUCCCAAAUGCUCCUGAGUGAAUUGUCAACCCACUCGUGUAUGAUAUUAGAGAGUUCGCAAUAAAUUAUU